AUUGCAUACUUGCAUUAAAAUACUUUUACACCAAUAUAGUUUUAAUGAAAAUUUAUAAUGUUGUUUAUAUUAUUGAAUCAAAUUUGAAGAAGUUCUUACUAUGAAAUCUAAUAAAAAUAGUGGAACAGGUUCAUUAUGGGGAGAACUGCCAGCAAGAGAAACUUUGAAACAAGAAGUAAUAACACCAGACAUCAUAGAAAAUGUCUGGAGGCAAGUUAUGGAAGAGUCAAAUAAUACUGAUUGUGAUUUUGAAAUGGACAGGCAACCUGAAUAUAUACAAUUACCUAUGGGAAAUCUUCAUGUAUUAAACACUAUAAAUCUUCAUCAACAGCUAAGAAUGAUGGAAGAAGGGGUGGUGUUGGGAAAUAUGACAACAAUUGAAACAAAAACUUCACAAGAAGGAAAAGAAACACAAAAUUCAUUUCACUUUUUACCUAUGCAAAAGAAAAGAAACAUGUUUAAAGAUUCUUCUACUAUACAUCACCUCACACCACAAACAGCACGGUGUAUUUUGAGACAUGCAGUUAUUAUUCUUCUAGCUCACAUUGGAUUUGAAAAGUCGUCAGAUAUUGCCAUAGAAACACUUACAGAUAUUGCUGAUCAUUUUUUAAAACGAAUGACACUUUUAAUAAAAGUUGCAUAUGAACAAAAAGAUCAUGGUUUUCCUGAUAUAAUAGAAAGGGUUUUAUUGGAAACCGGCAUUGGUAAUGUAUCCGCUCUUCACGAUUACUACCAAGAAUAUGUGUUAAAAUUUGAAGAAAAUAUGAAAAAGAAAGUCGAAGCAAUGAUGGAAAAACAGAGGCAACUUGAACUUAAUGCUUGUAGUUCUAAGAUGGUUUUAGAUGAAGCAGCAAAUAAACUACAAUUUGAAGAACUUGACGAAUUUGGCAACGUAUAUCGGGAAGUACCGACCCUUCAGUUGUUAGAUCCCGAAAUGGGCUUUCCUCCUAGUUUAGAUGCUGGCUUUCAAAUGUUAUAUAGUCUUGAACAAGAUGAAUUGAAUAACUUAGAAGUGGAAGAAGAAGAAGUAAAUGUGAGCGAUUCUCCAAGUGUUGGACAACGAUCUGAUACGUCGAGUGAUAAAAAGAAGUCUUGAUAUGUUUAAUAAUCGUACAAUUGUAAUUUUUCUUCUAUUUACUUCUUGUAAAAUAAAACUUUACAAUAAAUUCCUAAUAUUAUUAAUGUUUUUAA